GAAUGCAAUCAUUCCACAUUGACGGACACACACACAUAACCAGACGCAGCUAUGAAGGUGUGUGCGCUACUUCUGCUUGGGGCCUCCGUGUUCCUUUGUGGUUUGUGUGACAACACGGAGAAGAAAGAAGAACCUUUCUACGUGGACAUCGUGGUUUCCGACGCUGGAAGAGACCUGGGGACCGCUAUGACAUUUAUACAGGAUACCCUGUAUAGUGUAAAGAGUCUCACAGUGGAACAAGCCUUCAAAGUGGUUGGCGAACCCAGAGUUUUAGCCAUUCUCAGGUCUGAUACUCUGUGUGCAUGGCGACAGCUGGAAGGUGUCUUGUUUGCAGCCAAUAUCAGCAUGACAGUGAAGCCUGUGUAUAGAGCAGAGGACCUUGUGGUGGAUCUGAAGAUCCAGAAGGACCUCAUUGAGAAGGCCCCAGCACCGGCCAACUUGAUCGGGGAUUACAUCUACUUUUGGGAUAUGAGUUUUACCAUGACAGGACUCACCGGGUCUUCCUACAAAGAGGAGAUACGUGCCAGUGCGGAACAUGCCUUGAGACGUCGCAUUGCAGGCUUACAGGAGCUCAGUUACCAAGUUCUCGCGGAAUUGCCUUUUCGGCUGCUGGUGUUUUCUGUACUUCCCCCGCGAAGUUCGGAGUCGAUUCUCUGGAACUUCAACCGAGGCCGCCUGGAGUUCACAUCAACAGUACGGCGGGUGGAACAUCUCCAUGACUACUGCGAUAACCGUUACUGUAACUGAAUAAACACUGAAUAAAAUCUCAGGGUUGCAGCGUCAUGUCGAAAAUAUGCAAAACCCGUUGAUAAAACGUAUUUGAAA